UUCGUUUCUUUCCUGCUUUUUUUAUGCAGCUGGAUGAAAAACUGGUGGGUGAGUCGGAAUGCCAGGCACCACCCAGAGAAACUGUACUGUCGUUGGGAGCAGGACCAUGACUUACAGGACAUGGGACAACUUGGCCUGUUCUAUGAAUAUCUGGAAAUGGUCAUCCAGUUUGGGUUUGUCACCCUCUUUGUGGCCUCAUUUCCUCUGGCACCUGUUCUUGCUCUGCUGAACAACAUUAUCGAGAUCCGCGUGGACGCCUGGAAGUUCAUCACACAGUUCAAGAGACCCGUGGCAGCAAAGGCACACAGUAUAGGAAUAUGGCAUCAGAUUCUGAACGGUGUGGCCAUUUUUUCUGUAGUUACGAAU